AUGAGGGCGCCCUCUUACCGCUGCCACAACACCACGUCGGUGGAGAAGGGCAACUCGGCGACGACGGGCAGCGUGCUCUUCAGCGCAGGCCUCCUGGGCAACCUGCUGGCCCUGGGGCUGCUGGCGCGCUCGGGGCUGGGCUCGUGCCCGCCGCGGCCGUCGCGCCCGCCGCCCUCGGUCUUCUACGUGCUGGUGUGCGGCUUGACGGUGACCGACUUGCUGGGCAAGUGCCUCGUGAGCCCGGUGGUGCUGACCGCCUACGCGCAGAACCGGAGCCUGUGGGGGCUGAUGCCCGUGCCCGGAGACUCGCUGUGCCAGGCCUUCGCCUUCUGCAUGUCCUUCUUCGGGCUCGCCUCGACGCUGCAGCUCCUGGCCAUGGCGCUCGAGUGCUGGCUGUCCCUGGGGCACCCCUUCUUCUACCGACGCCACAUCACCGUGCGCCGGGGCGCGCUGGUGGCGCCCGUCGUGGGCGUCUUCUGCCUGGCUUUCUGUGCGCUGCCCUUCGCGGGCUUCGGGCGCUUCGUGCAGUACUGCCCCGGCACCUGGUGCUUCAUCCAGAUGGUCCACGACGACAGCUCCUCGGCCGUGCUGGGCUACUCCGUGCUCUACUCCAGCCUCAUGGCGCUGCUCGUGCUGGCCAUCGUGCUGUGCAACCUGGGCGCCAUGCGCAACCUCUACACCAUGCACCUGCGCCUGCGCCGGCACCCGCGCUCCGGCCCCAGGGAGCGCACCGGGCCGGGCGCCGGCGAGCGCGGGGCGUCUCCGCACCCCUUGGAGGAGCUGGAUCACCUGCUGCUGCUGGCCCUCAUGACGGUGCUCUUCUCCAUGUGCUCGCUGCCGUUAAUUUAUCGUGCUUACUCUGGUGCGUUCAAGGCAGUGGACAGGCGCUCUCAAGAGGCCGACGACCUCCGGGCCCUGCGCUUCCUCUCUGUGAUCUCCAUCGUGGACCCUUGGAUUUUCAUCAUUUUCAGAACUCCAGUAUUUCGCAUGUUUUUGCACAAGAUCUUCAUAAGACCUCUUCAGUAUGGAAACUGGCCCAGCAGUUCAUGCCGCUCUCACACGGAAUCCAGCCUGUGA